AUGUCUCUGUGGACGGCUCUGGUCUUCGCGGUGAGUCUGUCAGCACGUGCGCAAGGUCCCAGCACCUUCACUGGGGUCUGUUCAAGACAGGUGGAAAAAGUUCCUGUUCUUUACAAUGAGACAUUUAUUCAGCCGGUGUACCAACCAUACCUGACCACAUGCCGCGGCCAUAGGACCUGCAGCACCUACCGGACGGUGUACUUGGUGUCAGUACGGCAGGUGAAGAAGGAGGUAGUACAGGUGAAGUCGGUGUGCUGCCCGGGGUGGAGGAAGAAGGAGCCCAAUUCUGAAUCCUGCGAAGAAGCCGUGUGCCGCAAGCCUUGCCAGAACGGGGGGACCUGUAUUAAGCCCAACAUGUGCCGCUGUCCUGCUGGCUGGGGAGGACGGCACUGCCACGUCGAUAUCGAUGAGUGCCGGCGCCCGUCCCGCUACUGCUCUCAGAUAUGCGGCAAUACUCGGGGCAGCUACCACUGUGAGUGCAACGCAGGAUACGCGCUCCAGGAGGACGGGAAGUCUUGUAUCCGAGAGGAAACGCCGCUGGCUGUACCGGCACAGCAAGCUGAAGAUGCAUCUAACAGACUGUCUAAUGAGGUCCAUGACCUGCGCGGCCUUGUGACAUCCUUGGAGCAGAAGCUGGACAGCACCCUCUCAGCUCUGCAGCGGCUCAUCCCCAUCAAACUCUCGGAGAUCCGCCAGGAACAGGUGCAGGAAUUCUGGGAGCGGAUCCGCAGUUUGGACCGCGUGGACUUCCUAAGUGACCAGCUGAUGUACAUGGAGGAAAAGAUGGGGGAAUGUUCCUGUCGCAGUAAUGACAUAGAGCUACCUGUAAAUCUAAAACGCUAA